AUAAGUGACACGUAAGGAACAUCGGUGCACUCAUUACUCCAUCAGCAGUCAUGCUAGCGACCAUGUAUCUGGGAUACGGAAUACUUUUCCUCAUUGCCUUCGUCGCAAGUGGCGAAUCUGCGGAGCUGGAUGAGAAAUACCUACAGUUCCCACCGAACUUUCUCCUGGGAGUUGCGACAGCCGCAUACCAAAUAGAAGGAGCUUGGAACGUGAGCGACAAAGGAGAAAGUACCUGGGAUCGAUACACCCAUUACCAGGAUGGCCGUAUUUACAACAACGACACGGGAGACGUUGCCGCGAAUUCUUAUUACAAGUACAAAGAGGAUGUCGCAUUGGUGAAGCAACUUGGGUUCAAGUCGUACCGAUUCUCCGUCAGCUGGCCACGAAUUCUGCCAACCGGUUUCUCGAGCUACGUGAGCAAAGACGGUGUCAUGUACUAUCAUCGCCUAAUAGACGAGCUUCUGGCGAACAACAUCGAACCAGUGCUGACGCUUUAUCACUGGGAUCAUCCGCAAGUUAUCGAGGACGCCGGUGGCUGGUUGAACUCAGAAAUAGUGGACUGGUUCGGCGAUUACGCGAGAAUAGUGUUCCAAGAGUACGCGUCGAAGGUGAAGAAAUUUAUCCCGGUGAACGAGCCCAGCGCAAUCUGUAAAAAUGGCUAUACCAUUGGCAAUUACGCACCUGGCAAGAAGUUGCCCGGUUUCGGCGAGUACCUGUGCAUCCACAACGUCCUUAAAGCUCACGCCAGAGCUUACAGGAUAUACGAAAGCGAAUUCAAGAAGGACAAGAAAGGCGAAGUCGGUGUCUUGGUGAAUCUGUUCGGCUACAUGCCUAGAAGCGCCGACGACGAGUACGCUGCCGAAGUUUCCUUCCAGUUCAACGUCGGUUGGACCUUGCAUCCGAUCUACUCGAAAAAAGGAGACUAUCCGCCUCUUAUGAGGAACAUGGUGGACAGCCAGAGCUCGAAACAAGGCUUCGCGAGGUCUCGUCUGCCCAAAUUCACCCCCGAAUGGGUCGAAUACAUACGAGGUACCUCCGACUUCUUGGCUGUAAAUCAUUACACCACGAGGCUGGUUACGAACGGUACCAUGGGCAGUAUUCCUUCUCACGAAAACGACCAAGGGGUGGUAGAGCUUACCGAUAGUUUCUGGAAAGGAUCAGCUUCUGCGUGGCUCAAAGUUGUACCCGAAGGUUUCCGGUAUAUUCUCCGGCAGCUGGCGCGAAAUUAUGGUAACCCCCCGAUGUACAUCACCGAAAACGGUGUUUCUGAUUAUGGAACUUUGAACGACGACGACAGGAUCUACUAUUACCGCGAAUACUUGAAACAAAUGCUUCUCGCCAUGUACGUCGAUAAUGUGAAUGUACAAGGAUACAUGCUGUGGUCCCUUCUGGACAAUUUCGAAUGGGACAAAGGAUAUCAUGAACACUUCGGUAUCGUGUCUGUCGACUUCAACGAUCCAGAGAGGCCACGAACCCUGAAGAAGUCCGCAUCCUGGUGGAAGAAAAUCGUAGCCGCUGGAAAACUGGACACCAACUAAGUGACUGAUCAUCGAAAACAUAUUUCCAACAUUCAUCACGAAUUUUGCUCACACCAUUUGAAUCACUUUAAUAAUAAAUUAAUUUGACAAAUUAAGAACUUCCACUUCGUUCAACCGAUAUUUCGAAACUUCGACUUCUGUUGAUCGAUCGUAACGUUUAAAAUAUUUGUCACAUAGCCCGAAAAAUGACAGAUUAAUUUUUACACAGUCAACACACACACAAAAACACGGUUAACCUUCCACAGUAGAAAAACAAGCUCUUCAUGCUUAAUAAAAUAAUACACGUUUGCCUAUCGGUUACAUCAACGUUAACUAACAAUCUGAAUCAACAGAAUUACCAUUCGUCCUCUCCAUACCUACGCCACAGACAAUAUCCGCCGAAAAUAAAAUGUC